CUCUUCAUAUAUUCUGUACUGUUGUUUGCAAUCCCAAUGUAAUAUAAUAUUUAUUCUGAUUUGUUCUUUCCUAUCCCGCACCCACAUCAAACAUUUCUGACUUGCUUACCAGCCAUUUGCUUUCCCAGUCAAGAAACCUCAGGAAUAAUAGCAUUAGUGUUUCCAUCCCCUCAGUGGUACCAAGCAGCACCGCCGGCAUGACAAAGAGCCCAGUUCUUCCCAGCGAGGGCUCUCUGAGAGGGGGCAGGCAGAAUGAGCAGCCUCUACAACACCACAUGGGCGUAAAAUAUGGCUGCUGCAUAAAAAGGGGACAGAGAGUGAGACAGUAUGUCAUACACAUUGACAAUAAACUGUCUGUUUGUGGGCACGAUGAGGUGAGAGAAAGAGAGAAAGGGACUGUUAUGGCUUUUAGAGAUGAUAGAGAUAUGCAAGGAUUUGUCAGACGAGAGGCUGAAUGGAACAGAAAAUCACUCAUCAAAUCCGUCCCUACUGUGGCAGUCUUCUGCUUUUCAGAAAAUAUGCCUUUCAAGAAGUCUGAUAGUUUACGGGAAGAUUUUGAACCCUUCAGACAGUAUCUUGAAAUAGAUUUUUUACCAUUUAACAUCACUCUUGCACAGAAGAUCGCGCACUACUUUUUGGAGAGGAUAUUUGGAGGAUGAUUGUCUUGUUAGGAGGAAAAUCUUUUAGAAACUUCACUUAAUGCACUUGCAAUGCUCAAUUGUGCACUAAGGUCCAGCUCCUGAGAUCCACGGAUCUUGGCCGCCACAGUUUGCUUUAUAUAAAGGAGAUAGGACAUGGCUGGUUUGGCAAGGUAAGUGGAGUUGGUUUAUCGUUUAUUUGUUUUGUAUGUUUGUGCGCCUCAUAGACAUGAAUGCCCUAAGCGUGUUCUGCUACAGAUCAAAGAUUUAGUGAAUAUAUAGCUGUUUUACCUUAUUAAUACUCUAGCUUUGAUGUUGGACUUGUGUCUUGACUGUUCCCUGUGAGAAUUUGAUGAUAUUUCUGUGUGUAGCAGUGAAUUCCAGAAGCUCUUUAGUAUUUCAUGGGAAUAACUGUGCCUCAUUCAUUCUCAUUCUUUCUCUCUUUCUCUCUACUUCUUUGUCUUUUUGUAACACACAUACAUAAACACACACACACACACACACACACACACACACACAUUAUCCUAAUUACCCUAACUUUCCGUUGAAUGGGUAUGUCCAUCUGUAUGUCUGUGUCUUUGUGGCUGCAUGUUUAUCGACGUCUCAUCUGGUUUUGUGUUGUUUCGUCUUUCUGCAUUUCCUUCUGAGCAUCUUCUCGCAUGAUUCCUGGACUUGAUUUAAACCUUUUUGGCUUUGUUUGUGUGAAAUAUCUGUCUUCCAUUUCCUUCCUUUCUUCCUUUGUACCCAUUUCCUUCAUGUGCACAUCUGUUCGUGUCUAUCUGUGUCACCCUGUUUAUAAUUGUGUGUGUGUUGUCCAUUUUCCCUCUGUUCAUACCUGUAUGUGUGUUUCUGUUGUCUUUCCCUUGUGUGUUUGUGUAUCUGUGUGUCGGUGGGAUGUUAUUCACAGAUAUUGUUGGGGGAGGUUCACUCUGGUCUCGGCAGUACCCAGGUGCUGGUGAAGGAGCUAAAGGCCAGCGCAAGCGUGCAGGACCAGAUGCACUUUCUGGAAGAGGCUCGGCCAUACCGGUCUCUCCAGCAUCCGGCUCUAGUGCAAUGCCUCGCUCAGUGCACAGAGGUCACUCCCUACUUAGUGGUCAUGGAGUUCUGCCCACUGGGUGAUGUUAAAGGUUACCUGCGCAGCUGCUGGGCAACAGAUUCCAUGACCCCUGACCCCUUAAUACUUCAGAGGAUGGCAUGUGAGAUCUCUUCAGGCCUGCUUCACCUUCACAAAAACAACUUCACCCAUAGUGAUCUGGCUUUAAGAAACUGCCUGCUAACCUCAGACAUAAAAGUUAAGAUUGGAGACUAUGGACUAGCACACAACAAGUACAAGGAUGACUACUUUGUGACAACUGACCAGACCUGGGUUCCCUUACGCUGGAUUGCCCCUGAACUAGUUGAUGAGGUUCAUGGUAAUUUACUGGUGGUAGACCAAACCAAGGAAAGCAACAUCUGGUCACUCGGAGUAACAAUCUGGGAGCUGUUUGAGUUGGGGAAUCAGCCGUACCGCCAUUACUCAGACAGACAGGUUCUCAGCUAUGCUGUAAAGGACCAGCAAUUAAAGCUGCCCAAGCCACUUCUUAAGUACCAUCUUUCUGACCGCUGGUAUGAAGUAAUGCAGUUCUGUUGGCUUCAGCCUGAUCAGAGGCCCAAUGCGGAAGAAGUUCAUCUGCUGCUUAGUUACCUAUGUGCCAAAGGAGCCAGUGAGGCAGAGGAAGACUUUGAGAGACGCUGGAACUCCAUGAGACCAAAUACAACCCAUGCUAAUGUCCAUGGAGCCGGUGCACUAGCAAUCGACAUGCCCAUGUCAUCCACCACUUCCUCAUUCCCCCUAUUGGAACAGUUUCCCACUGGAGAUGGCUACCAUUCCGAAUCUGGAGAUGACAUCUUAACGGUUACUGAAACCAGCCAUGGACUCAACUUUGAGUACAAGUGGGAGCAGGCACGGGCUGAACAACACUACCAUUCUUCAUCCACCUCAGGCACUUUGGGUCAAGGCAGUCCCCAUUGUCAGGAAAUCUACUACCCUCCAGGUGGAAUAGUGGGGGGCUGUGCUGUUGAAGGACUCACCCUAGGGGUUUCUCCUUCGUAUUAUGAGUCCAAACAAAUACACACCCCUGGUGUGGUACCAGUCCUGAGUGCUCACAGUCCAUCAUUGAGUAAUGAGUACUACAUUCGCAUUGAGGAGCCAGUACAAAGCAAUAUUGAUAUGAACUUCACCCUGUGUGCUUACAGCCCAGAAUUUGGGGGCAGCAAUGGAAGCUUUCUAACAGGUAGUGGAGACUCUAGGGAGUGUAUGAACUGUCCCCCUGAAGCUAAACCUGACAUUUAUUGGUCAGCGGAUAUGCACAAAAGCAGUGCCUAUGAUUCCGACACCAGUCCUGCUAUGUCUCUAACUAUGGAGCCUCUUUUGGGCCAUGGUAGCCCUCUUAGAGCCUGGGAGUCUGGUCACUAUGUCUCAUACAAAGACAGGGACGGAGGUUACUACUAUGAACCAUCACCUCCUAAGAUCAUGGACCGCUACCUGAUACGAGACCCAACAGAGCCUCCACAAGAGAGCUGGGGGUCUCGAAGCUUAAGACAGGCACUUGGGGAACUGGAGGAGCCUUUAGGUGUCUCACCAUCACUUGGAAGUCCUCCAGAAGGCUAUGCUGAUCCUUACUUGGAGAACAUUCAAGGCUCUAUUAUAGGAAAGAACGUUACAGGAGGAUAUUAUGAUAUGAUGGGCCCUUUGAGGAAGACUAUGCCAGGUAGCCACUCAGUUUGUAUUGACGUGGCUUCAGGUGGAGCUAUAUUUGUAGGACGAGAUGACAGCGACUCAGAGGAAGAGGAAGACAUCUUUGUGGAAAGGAGAGCAAGAAGCUGGUCCACCAGCAAUCCAGCAAAUACAAACACAAGGACCUUGCGUCAAAGGCAGGGGUCUUGUAUCCAAGAUUCAUAUGCAGAUUUCCACUACACUAUGCCAAUGACUGACGUUGAAGAUACAUGGCCAGAAGAGCAGAUCCUGCCAUACCAUAUGGCCAAACCGGUUGACUACUUAGAGGCAACAGUCAAGAGCAACACUUGCCUGGUGCAUGGAAGACAUGUACCUUCAAACCCUUCACCCGAGUGCAGCUCAUAUAUCCAUAUGUGUCAUGAACCCAGAGAGGCUGAAGUAUAUCCUGUGCCAUGUUGUCAAGCUUUGAGCAGUUCACAUUUUGUAGAUCCUCUAACAGGAACACUUGUGAGGAACUGCUUCAUGAUUGACUGUAUUCCAGGGAAACCCAUGACAUUGCCAAAAAAAGACCAACAUGUAGGUGCUGGACCUAUAGUUUCCAAAACAGAGCCAUCAAGGGAAGGUGCCAAACAGUUUGAUGUCUCACAGCAGUAUGUGGAUAUCGCGGUAAGAGAAACAAACUUGAAGCAAGAAAAAGACUUGCAUGAAGAUGCAUCACUAAUGGAUCCCAAAACUGAAAUUAUUGCCAUCACUCCACAAUUGGAGAAAUCCCAAGCAGAGUUACCCAAAUCAGAGCCAGAGUCAGACUUAAGCAAGACAGCGGAUAGUGGUGUGGACCAUGGACGCUCUAGUAUCAGUCUGGUGGAGAUUGAUGACUGCAGCGAUGAUGACAUCACUGAUGUAACCUCAGGGAUUUUUGGUGACUUUACCAUUGAAGUAGAAACUGUUGACUACAUCAAUCCAACAUUCAAGACAUUACAAAAGCAGGUUGGUACUCCAGACUCCAUGGACUCCAUUGACAUACCAUCUACAGCAUGUUCCAGCGAAACACUCAGUCCUGCCUUCAUCCAUCCGUCAAGCUCACCAAAGACAGUGGACAGUGGAUAUGACACAGAAAACAAUGAAUCUCCAGAGUUUGUCCAAAAGGAGCCCCAUGAGCUUCAAGAUUCUAAGGUUUUCAUCCAACCCUUGGGAAAAGUAACAUCUGGGUCUAACUUUGAACAAGAGAUUAUAAGGGCAGAGGAUGAAAAGCUAGAGGCAAACGUUGAUACUGUAAUGGAACUGACAACAUCUGAAAGCAAUGAUGGAGAGCUGAAAGCGCUGAGUGAUAAAACUCCAUACAGAGAUUCGGCCUACUUCUCUGACUAUGAUCCCGGGAAAGAUAAAGAAAGCGAAGAGGACAUCAAUGAACUUGAAGAUCAAAAAGAUGGAAUGGAGGAAAUUAUAGAUAAAGAGGAGCUACUUCCUCCAAAAAAGGAGGCAGAUGAAGAUGAAUAUCUUUUGCCAUCUACAAAUGAAAGUGAAAAAACUCCUGAAAACUCUCAUGAUGUGACUUCAGUUGUUCCAUCAAAGAUCAUUGAAGGUUGUGACACAAUCAGUAGUUUGUCUCUCUCAUCUCCUGAUAUUGAAGUGUCUACCAUAAAAGAUCAUUUUGGUGAUGAUGAAAAUCUUGCUAUAGAUUCAGAUCUUUCUGCAGAGCUUGUACCGUCGGAAUCUGAAGGAUCUAAUUCAGAUGCUUUGCUUGGUCCUGAUGUAAAGCAAGAGGAAUCUUUCAAACAAGUAUACAGUGAAGACAGACUGUCUCAGGAACAAGUCACUUCUGAGGGUGCAGUUGCAAACACCAAUAUUUCAGAGGUCCUUAUUGAUGAGAAUGCAGAAGGCAUAGUCAAAGAUGUGAGCUGUAUCAUGUACAAAGCGGAACUAGCAUCUCAGAAGGAAACAGCAGAAAGGAACAGUUCUCCUACACAUGAGGGACUGGAAUACAGGAAUAAGUACUAUGAAGAAGGAGGACGCAAAAGAAGCUCCACGCGUUCUGGCUCUCCUCCUCCUCCGCUAGAAGGACGGGUAUCUCCCACAGAUGGAGAGGAGGCAGAUGAGGAAGAUGGUGACUCUGAGGAUAGCGAUGAGUCCGAUGAGGAGCUCCGCACUUACAGUAUCCAGGAACAGAGCGAAGAAAGCGAGGAUGAGAUCUUGACCGUACCUAUCAUUGUGAGCGACUGCAGUGAUGCACACAAACUGAGAAGUCUCCUUAAGAUACCAACGCUGCUCAGUGAUACACUGUCUGAUGAAAUGGAGAACAAAAAGAAAGUAGUGUCUUUCUUUGAUGACGUUACUGUCUUUCUGUUUGACCAGGAAAGCACAACCAGAGAGCUAGCAGAUCAAAGUUUUCCCUUGGAUGGAGAGUCAAGCAAACCGAGUGCAAAGGGUAAAGCACAAAACCAGCAGGAAAAGAUCAAUGCCUCCGAUGACUCUUCUGAUGGAAACAUCUCAGAAGAGAGUGCAGGGUUUGAAUGGGAAGAUGAUUUCCCAUUGUUGCCCCUUCCCACAUCUUCUAAGGGGUCUCCACCGGACAUCACUCCAAAGCUGAGCCUAACUAGUGGCAGUACUAAACCUGUGGCACAGGUCUCCCGUUUUACCGUUUCUCCAUCCAGUGUGUCACGUUUCUCCAUCACACAUGUCUCGGAUUCAGAUAUGGAUUCUGCAGGAGGGAGCAGUGAAGAUGGGGAAAAAGAGUGAAUCACCAUACUACUGCCAACACAGAGCAGCACUGACAGACACUUAUUUAUUUUUGUUUUAUUUUUUUAUUGAGGAGAUCACAGUAAGAAUGUUGUUUUGAUCUCUUUGGAAACCCUUUUGGAUCCCAUCAAAGACAGUGCCUCUUAAUGUCAGCAAACACUUCAGAGAUGCCCUUUCAAAAGGGCCCUAGAAGAAAAAUAAAUUAUGUGGGAAUGACUAAAACAUAAUCGGAAACACAAACUAAAAUUUUGCGUAUUAUAAAUGAAACAGAGUUUGGAUGGAUCUGCGUAUGGACCUACUGGAAACUGACUGUGACUGUUUACAACAUCAGAUACUGUAUUUUUGGAAAGUGUUAAAAAGAUUCUAAAGGUAUCACUGCAUCAAAAAUUUAAUGAGCGAAAUGUAACAAAACUAAAUUGAACUGAUUUUUACUGUGAAAUAUCAAUGCAGUGUUGUCGUCUAUAAAAGGAGGGGUU